AUGGGGCAUUUUGUGCUCAACCAUUCGAGCAACGGAUCCGCCUACUAUCGACAGGGGGUGGCGCUUCAGUGCAUGGGUCGCCAUGGCGAGGCGCUGGCCGCCUUCAGCCAGGGCCUGGCCCAGGACGCCAAGUCGCUGCAGCUGCUGGCCGGCCUGGUCGAAGCCGCCAUGAAGUCGCCACUCAGAGCCACUCUGGAGCCGACGUACCGGCAGCUGCAGGCGAUGCGGCUGGACAAGUCGCCGUUCGUCAUCAUCUCCGUCAUCGGCCAGGAGCUGCUGGCCGCCGGCAACUGCGGCGCGGCCGUGGCCGUGCUCGAGUCGGCGCUCAAGAUCGGCACGUGCAGUCUGAAGCUGCGCGGCAGCGUCUUCUCGGCCCUGUCGUCCGCCUACUGGGCAAUGAACUCGCUCGACAGCUCUUCACCGCAGGCCAUCAGCUACAUGCAGCAGGACUUGAACGUGGCCAAGUCGCUGGAGGACAUCGCCGGUGAGUGCCGCGCCCACGGUAACCUCGGCUCGGCCUACUUCAGCAAGGGCAACUUCAAGGAGGCGCUCACGUCGCACCGGUACCAGCUGGUGCUGGCCAUGAAGUGCAAGGACACGCAGGCGGCGGCGGCGGCGCUCACCAGUCUGGGACACGUGUACACGGCGAUCGGCGACUACCCGAACGCGCUGGCGUCGCACAAGCAGUGCGUACAGCUGGUGCGCCAGCUGGCCGACCAGCUGCAGGAGGCGCGCGAGAUCGGCAACGUGGGCGCCGUCUACCUGGCCAUGGGCGACUUCGACAACGCCGUCGACUGCCACAAGGAGCACCUACGCAUCUCCAAGCAGCUCGGCAACCGGGUGGAGGAGGCGCGUGCCUUCAGCAACCUGGGCAGCUCACACCACUACCGGCGCAGCUUCGAGCGCGCCAUCACGUUCCACCAACAGGUGCUGCGCAUCGCCCAGCAGCUGGGGGACCGCACCAUCGAGGCGCGCGCCUAUGCCGGCCUCGGGCACGCGGCGCGCUGCCUCGGCGACUACGCGCAGGCCAAGAAGUGGCACGAGAAGCAGCUGGACAUGGCGCUCAGCACCAAGGACCGCACGGCCGAGGGGCGCGCCUGCUCCAACCUGGGCAUCGUGUACCAGCUGCUCGGCGAUCACGACGCGGCGCUGAAGCUGCACCAGGCGCAUCUCAACAUCGCGCGCCUGCUGCAGGACCGCGCCGGCAUGGGCCGCGCCUUCGGCAACAUCGGCAACGCCUACAGCUCCAUGGGCUACUACGAGCAGGCCAUCAAGUACCACAAGCAGGAGUUGACCAUCAGCAAGGAGGUGAACGACCGCAGCAGCGAGGCGUCGACGCAUGGCAACCUGGCCGUGGCGUACCAGGCGCUCGGCAUGCACGAGAUGGCGCUGCUGCACUACUUGGGCCACCUCAACAUCGCGCGCGAGCUCAAGGACACGGCCGGCGAGGCGUGCGCGCUCUGCAACCUGGGCAACUGCCACAGCUCGCGCGGUCAGUUCGCUCUGGCCGUGCCCUACUACGAACAGUACCGCCAGCUGUCGCACGACCUGCAGGACGUGGAGGGCGAAGCCAAGGCAUGCCACUUCCUCGGCUACGCGCACUACUGCCUGGCCAACUACAGCGAGGCGGUGCACUACUACGACCAGGACCUGGCGCUGGCCAAGGACCUGCAGGACAAGAUGAGCAUGGGGCGGGCCUACUGCAACCUCGGCCUGGCGCAUCUGGCGCUCGGCAACUGCGAGAAGGCGCUCGAGUGCCAGAAGUUCUUCCACGCCAUCGCGCACCUGCUGAAGCACGCGCAGGGCACGUGCCGCGCGCUCGGCAACAUGGGCGACGUGCUGAUGAAGACUGGCGGUCACGAGGAAGCGGUGCACUGCUACCACAAGCAGCUGGCGGCCGCCCGACACAGCCGCGACAAGCAGCUGCAGUGCUGCGCCUUCAGCGCGCUCGGCUUGGCGCACCGCCAGCUGCGUCAGCUCGACAAGGCGCUCGGCUUCCACACGCAGGAGCUGACCAUUCGACAGGAGGUGGCUGACCUGCGUGGCGAGUGCAAGGCGCACGGCCACCUGGGUGCCGUCCACAUGGCGCUCGGCAACUACACCAACGCCAUCAAGUGCUACGUGGAACAGCUGGACCGAGCCAAGGACCUGUGCGACGCCGUGAUGGAGGCGCAGGCGUUCGGCAACCUGGGCAUCGCGCGCCUCAACAUGUCGCACUUCGAGGACGCCAUCGGCUACUUCGAGCAGCAGCUGGCCACGCUGGAGCAGAUCCCCAGCGGCGCGGCGCUCAUGGACAAGGCCCGCUCGUUCGGCAACCUCGGCGACUGCUACGACGCCAUCGGCGACCACGAGGAGGCCAUCAAGUGUCACGAGCAGCUGCUGAGCCUGGCGCUGCAGCUGCGGGCCAGCAGGGAGCAGGAGCGCGCGUACCGCGGCCUCGGCGCCAGCCACCGCAGCCUGGGUCACCUGCAGCAGGCGCUCGUCUGCUACGAGAAGCGGCUGGUGGUGUCGCACGAGCUCAACAGCCCGCACGCGAAGGCCUCCGCCUACGGCGAGCUGGGGGUCAUCCACGGCCGGCUGGGCAACUUCGAGCAGGCGCUCUCCUGCCUCGACCACCAGCUGAACAUCGCCAGGGAGCUGGAGGACACGGUCCUGGAGGCGGAGGCGGCCAGCGGCCUCGGCUGCGUGCACCAGCAGAUGGGCGACUUCCAGGCGGCGCUCGAGUUCCACCAGCUGGACGCGGCCAUCUCGGCGCGCUCCGGCCUGGCCGCCGGUCAGGCGCGCGCGCACGGCCACCUGGGCGCUGCGCACGAGUCACUCGGUGACCUGGAGCAGGCCGUGGUGCACCUGGAGCAGCAGCUGAGCGUGGCAGCGCAGACCAACGACAAGGCAACCAAGACGGCCGCCUACGCCAGCCUGGGCCGCGUGCAUCACGCGCUGGGUAACAGGCCGCAGGCGAUCGCCUACUUGCGCCAGGGCCUGCAGAUCGCCGAGCAGCUGAGCCGGCGCGAGGAGGAGGCGCGCCUGCGCCACCGGCUCGGCCUGGCGCUCUGGGGACACGGCGACCUGGCCGGCGCGCAGACCCAGCUGGAGCGGGCCGCCUUCCUGCUGGAGGGCGUGAGGCGCGAGGCGCGCGGCACCAGCCAACACCGGCUCGGCCUCUACGACCUGCAGACGGCCGCGUUCCAGGCGCUUCAGCGCGUGCUGGUGUCGCUAGGCUGCCAGGACGAAGCGCUGGUGGUGGCCGAGCGCAGCCGGACGCGCGCCUUCGCCGACCUGCUCCUGGAGCGCUCCAACAGCGGCUUCAGCAGCAGCCGCUUCACGCGCGUCGACGACAACACGCCCACCUCGGUGGAGCAGAUUGUGGAGGCGGUGGCCAAGCAGAAGGCCACCGUGCUUUACUACAGCCUGGCGGCCGGCGCCCUCUUCAGCUGGCUGAUCGUGCCCGGCCGCGGUAUCGUCAAGUUCCACGAGGUGACGGUGGGCGCCACCGACCGGCCGGCGCACGCGGCCGCCCACCCGGCCGACGCCAGCCUGCUCGAAUCGCACAUUGAGUCGGUGCGCGACGCGCUGGGCGUCGAGCUGCAGACGGCCGGCGGCGAGCGCGACACGGACGCCGACGCCGGCGACAUGUGGCAGCAGCACCUGGAACAGCUCGGCGACCGGCUCAACCAGGAGGGCGACAAGACCGGCUUCCUGCGCAUGGUCAACCGCGGCCACGCCUGCAACUCGUCCAACUACAGCCUGUCCAGCAUGUUCAGUGCCUUCUCGUGCAGCCGCGGCAGCGGCAGCGUGAGCGGUGGCUGCCAGAGCCGCGGCGGCUCGGUGCGCUCGCGCCGCGCCGUCUGGCAGGGGCCGCAGUGUCUGCGCUCGCUGUACGAACUGCUGAUCGCGCCCAUGGAAGAGCAUCUGCCGAGCAACGCCUACCCGCGCGACCUGAUGCUCGUGCUCGAGGGCGACCUCUACCUGGUGCCGUUCCCGGUGCUGAAGGCGCCCGACAGCAGCGAGUUCCUCUGCGAGCGCUUCAACUUGAUCCUGACGCCGUCCAUCAGCACGCUGCGCUCGGGCGCGCGGCCGCGCGGCGCCCGCGCCGGCGGCGAACAGACGGCGGCGCUGGUGGUGGGCAACCCGCGCCUGCCAGCCGCGCUCGGCGAGCAGUGGGGCUGGGCUGACCUGCCGUACGCCGAGCAGGAGGCCCAUAUGGUGGCCGAGAUGCUGCAGACGGAGCCGCUGACGGGCGCCGCCGCCUCCAAGGAGGCGCUGCUGCAGCAGCUGGCGCAGGCCGAGUGCGUCCACCUGGCGACGCACGUCUCCUGGAAGCUGUCGGCCGUGGUGCUGUCGCCGGGCGAGUUCGUGGACGCCCGCUCUUCGCAGCGCGCCGCCUCGCACGGCUCGCAGUGCGAGUCACAGCACGAGGACGACCACUCGGAGGCGGCCUCGUCCAGUGACCUGCCGCCGCUCUCCGAGUUCCUGCUGACGGCCGCCGACAUCCUCGGCCUCAAGCUGACCGCCAAGCUGGUGGUGGUGAGCUCGUGCCACACGCGCGACCACCACGGCCGCGCCAGCUCGGACGGCGUGGUCGGGCUGACGCGUGCCCUGCUGGCCGCCGGCGCCCAGUGCGUGCUCGUCUCGCUGUGGCCCGUGCCCGACACGGCCGUCAAGAUCCUGUACCGCACCUUCUACUCUUGUCUGCUGCAGGGCGCCCGCGUCAGCCGCGCGCUCAACGACGCCAUGCAGACGGUACAGAACACCAAGCACUUCGCGCACCCGGCCAACUGGGCCGGCUACCUGCUGGUCGGCACCGACGUCAAGCUGACCAACAAGGUGGCGCUGAUGGGCCAGGCGCUGUGCGAGCUGCUGCAGCAGCCGGACCGCUGCCGGGACGCGCUGCGCGUCACGCUGCACCUGAUGGAGAAGUCGCUGCAGCGCAUUCAGCGCGGCCACAAGAACGCCAUGUACACCACGCAGCAGUCGAUCGAGAGCAAGGUGAACGGGCUCGGCGGCUGGAAGGAGCUGCUCGUCUCGGUCGGCUUCCGCUUCGAGCCGGCCGCGCACGGCAUCCCGAGCUCGGUGUUCUUCCCGCAGUCGGACCCGGGCCAGCGGCUGACGCAGUGCUCGGCCAGCCUGCAGGCGCUGCUCGGCCUGCCGCCGGCCUCGCUGGCCGCGCUCUGCAAGCUGCUGGCGCACCGCGACCAGGCCGAGGACGUGAUCGGCGUCAUCCGCGGCGUUCUGGCGCAGCCGGCCGCCGCCGACCUCGACUCAGAGAGCAUCGAGACGGCUGUCGACGUGCGGCUCUGGCGAGUCAGCGGGUGCCACGAGCUGCUCGCCUCGCUAGGUUUUGACCUGACUGAGGUGGGCAAAGACGAGGUCCACCUGCGCACUGGAAAGAGCGCCAACAAACGCACCAUUCAGUUUGCCCUGCAGGCUCUCCUGGCUUUGUUCGACACGCAAGACGCGCCCAAGAGUCUGGACAUCGAGUGCCUGUCGUCGGGCGAGAGCAGCGACGAGAGCGAGAGCGAGGAGGCGCCUCCGCCGAUCGCCGCACCCUCCGCCUUCAGCACCGUACCGCAGCGCGCGCCGCUGCUGCUCGGCUCGGGCGCCUUCAGCAGCUACGUGCGCGGGCGCGGGGAGCCGGACGGCGCGCGCAGCAGCACGAUCGACGCGCCGGUGGCGCGCGCGCAGGGUCGCGAGAGCGACGCCGCGUUCACGCCGAGCCCGGUGGACGUGGCGCCGAAGGGCUGGCGCGGCACGCGGCGCCCGCUGCCCAGCCCGGCCGAGCGCUCGCCGCAGCCGAGCCCGCGCCUCAGUCUGACGCUCAGCCACCAGAGCCGCGUGCGCUCGCUCUACAGCGGCGCCGUGCGGCCCGACAGCUCGAGCAGCGCCAGCAGCUUGGCCGAGUGGGAAGCGGGCGCGGCCGCCGUGCGACGGCAGCCGGCGGCGCCGCCGCCACCGCCGCCGCCCAUGCUUAACCGCGUGGUGGCCGACGUCAGCGCUGGUCUGAACCGCGGCGCGCGACUGCUGCAGAAGACCGGCUCGCACGCGAGCUCUGGUUUCGAGUCUCAGGGCUCCGACUCGGACCUGGGGCCGCGGCGCGCAGCGGGCGCCACGCGGCCCGCGCGUACCGCCUACAAGACGGCCGCUCCGCAGGCGCUCAUGCCGGCCGGCGAGGAGCUCGGUCACAACAGCAUCCAGGACCACAUCAUCGCCACGCAGAUGAGCCGGCUGCGAGAGCUGCCCAUCACGGACGUGUACCACGAGCGCAGUAUCGGCCUCGGCCUGGCGCCGCCGCUGGCCAAGCUGCUGAUCGCGGCGCACGAGCGUGGCGUGGACGUGGACGCGGCGGCGGCGGUCGGCGGCGACUUCGGCGCCUUUGACAAGCUGGCCGCGUCCGCCGACGGCCUGGCGACCAUGCCGACCAUGCCCGACUUCACGCCGAAGCCGGCGCCGUCGGCCGCGCAGCGCGCCGGGCCCAAGCCGUGGGUGGGGCCGCUGCCGCAGCCGGCGGCGCUGCUCGAGCAGCUGGCCGCCGACAGCUGCAAGACGUCGCCGUCGGGCAGCAGCGAGCUCUCGCGCCGCGACGACGGCGACGGCCGCUCCAUGACCGACUCCAACUACUCGGGCUACUCGCCGGCGCAGCCACCGGGCGGCCCAGACCAGCUGGCGCAGUACAUGGAGCAGAUGCUGAGCGGGCGCGAGGAGGCCGAGAAGGCGGCCGCGCCGCGCCGGCCUGCCGCCCUGCCGCGCACCAAGCAGAAGGCGGCCACGCAGCAGGGCGCACCGGCCGCCGACGCCUAG